UUUGCCGAAUUUAAGUAAUCCUGCAGUGUGAUGUCAUGUGGUCCAGACUAGGAGGGCGCAACCUGUUUGUUUAUAAAAUUUAUGAAUCAAGCGUUUCUUCGUCGCCAAGAGCACAUUUUCUUUGUUUUUGAAAUAACCUUGAGAAAAAAAUGCGCCAGUGUCAUCCGUAUUUCUUACAUUUGGCGGCAUUUUCUAGAGCUGGGCUUAUUUAUAUUUUUGCCUUAAAAUUAAUACAAAACAAAUGAUUUUCCCCGAGUUAUUGUGUAAUAAUAAUAUUAGCCGGGCGUUAGAAUAUGGCCUAACAAUGUUUAAAUCUUGCGAUUCGGUACCGAAAUAUUUAGUGUUUGAUGCAACAUUUCAGGGUUUAGCUGGACAUAGCUAUACCUUUUUUAAUAAUGACGAGACUAAUCCACCAUCAAAAGAAAUGCUUCAUAGAGCAGCUUUGAGGGGUGAUCAACGUCUUUUAAAAAGAGUUCUAGAUGCCGGAAUACCUGUUGAUGUGACUGAUGAUGACGAAAAUACUACAGCACUUAUUAUAGCCUGCAGAUAUAAUCAUUAUUCUUGUGCUAAAAUGCUUUUAGAAUAUGGUGCUAAUCCUUCAGCACGUAGGCAGUCUGGAUUGCACGGUCUUUGCUAUGCAGCUCAAGGUGGAUUUUUACCAAUUGCCAAACUACUUAUUGAACAUGGAGUUGAUGUAGAAUUACCUGGACUAGAUGGUGCUACACCAUUUCUUCUGGCUUGUCGAUGUAAUCAUGUGGAUAUUGCUGAAGAAAUACUGAAUGCGAAGCCCGAGUAUGCAAAAAGAGUGGUUGAAAGUGCACUUCCUAUGUAUUUAGCAGCUCAACAUGGACAUGUGCCUAUCAUCCAAUUUUUAAUUUCACGUGGAGCUGAUGUUAAUGUACAAAGAAGAGUUCCAUCAAGCUCUAGAACUGCAGCACCUUCACUGAAUGGAUCAACUGCAUUGUUUAUUGCUUGUCAAUUUGGGCACACAUCUUUAGUGAAAAAACUGGUAGAAUGGGGAGCAGAUGUAAAUCUUACAAGAGAUGAUGGUUGUUCUCCUCUCCUCAAAGCUGCUCAAAAAGGGUUCACCAGCAUUGUUAAGUUUUUGUUGUCGAAAGGUGCCGACCAUGGAUUAUUGCAGAAUGGUGAAACGCCUCUUCAUGGUGCUGCAUACUAUGGGCACAUUCACGUAAUAAAAGCUUUAGUAGAAGCUGGAGCUGAUAUCAGUCUCAAAAAUCGAAGAGGAAUAACUGCAUUUGAAAAGGCUGAUGAAGGUGGACAGGAGAUUGUUAUGAGAUAUUUAACAAGAAUCCAAAAUGAUAAAGGUGUUAUGGAAAAUAAUUCUUCUUGAUAUAUAAGUAUAUUCUGUGAUUAUUUUUAAACAUUGUGAUUUGUACAUAUUGUAUAUAUUUUUUCCCCCAUAUAUUUGUAUGUAAUUUUUAAUAAAACUUCUUUUUUACUUAA